GAGGCCGAGGAGGGCCCGCACCACGCGGCGGCGCUCUUCCGUCGGCGGGGCGCUGCAGAGGCGCCCGUGGGGCAGCACGUGCGGCACGCUCGCAAGUUGCUGCUGUCCAGCCGGGGGGCGCGCCAGUUCGAGUUCCACCCGACCCGUCCGGGCACCCUGCUCAUCGGCAGGAAGGACGGCGUCGUGACGGUGCUGGACGGCAGCACGGACACGUGGACGCACUCCGCCAAGGUCGACACCUUCCCAAUUUUGGGCCUCUCGUGGCUGCGCACGAGCCCGCAGUGGGCGGUGGCCGGGGCUUCCCAGACUGGCACGACGUGCGUGCUGAGGUACGACGAGAGCAGGCCAGGUGGCCUGGAGAUGAAGAACCUCACGCCCUUCGCCAAGCUGUCCUCCCUGUCCGUGAACUGCACAGACGACUUCCUCGUGACCAGCGGCUUCAGCGUCGACAUGGCCCUCGACGAUCUGGUGACAGGCAAGCGCAUCAGCACGUUCCGCGGGCUCCACCAGAACUUCAUCAACAUCGUGCGCUUCGCGCACCGCUCGCCCCACGUGUUCGCGACCUGCUCCUUCGACCACACGUGCAAGCUGUGGGACCUCCGCGAGCCGAUCGCGGCGACCAGGCCCGCGAGGUCCUUUGGCACGCCCACGCUGAACGUCAUGUGCAGCUUCUCCCCGGACGACCAGCACCUCCUGUGCUCCGGCGUGGACUCGGCGCUCCUGCAGUUCCCCGUCGGCGGCUCGAGCCCGCUGCCCGGCCCCGGCGCAGAGCCCGUGGGGAGCCGCUUCCCGGUCCCUGCGCAGAAUCUCGACAUGAACUACCGGCGCUCCCUGUAUCUGGCCGACGGGGCCGUCGUCGCCACCGCGGCCACCAACGAGAGCUUGCUGCGGUUCUACUCGCAGGAGGCGCCGCACAGGCACCUGGGCAUCAUCGACUUCAGGCACUCUCUGCGCGGCCACGGCGGCAGCCGCACGGUUACCCAGGAGGCGCCGACGGGCACCUCGGCCCCAUCGCUGGGGGGCAGCCCGACGGCGGCGCGACCAGAGCGCGGCGGGCGCACGGACGCCGCCACCGCCAGGGCGGCGGCGCCGGCUGCUCAGGUCAGGAGCGCCGCAGUCAGGUUUGGCCCGGCCUAG